ACACCCAUAAAUCCAUAAAAGACACAACAAUAUCUGCCUUUUCUCUCUCUCACUCACUCUCAUACAUUCUCUAGGAAAUUGCCUUCUUCAAUUCCCUUUUGGUUCUCAAUUUGAGUAUUAUACAACCAUGGCAAAGAACUCUAUGCACUUCCAUUGGUCAAAUAAGGUUAGCAGUGAAGAUGAAGAUAUCCCAUCACCAUCCAAUACUUGCCCUAAAACAACAAAAACCACCACCAACAACCACCCUCAACCAGAACCACUACAAACAAGAAAAAAACUCCAAGCAAUUACAAUUGCUAGAUUUCGUUCGGUUCUUACUGCAGUUAGUAAGAACCGUACAAACCUUCUAAACUCCCUAGGCCCUAGAGUCGUUGGGACCCUAUUUGGGUCCCGAAGAGGCCAUGUUUAUUUCGCAUUCCAAAAAAAUCCCAUUUCCCAACCAGCUUUCCUGAUCGAGCUCCAAACCCCGAUCAGUAACCUGGUUAAGGAAAUGGCAUCAGGACUCGUUAGAAUCGCAUUAGAAUGUGACAAAAAAGAAGACAAAACCAAAAAGGUGGCCACAUCAAGAAGGUUAUUACUAGAAGAGCCAGUUUGGAGGACAUAUUGCAAUGGCAAAAAGUGUGGUUUUGCCAUGAAAAGAGAAUGUGGAGAGAAAGAAUGGAGGGUAUUGAAAGCUGUUGAGCCAAUAUCAAUGGGGGCUGGUGUGUUGCCACCAGAGAAAACAGAUGAGGAUGAAGGAGAUGAAAUUAUGUAUAUGAGAGCUAAAUUUGAAAGAGUUAUAGGGUCAAGAGAUUCUGAAGCUUUCUAUAUGAUGAAUCCUGAUAGUAAUGGUGCUCCUGAACUUAGUGUCUAUUUACUUAGAAUUUAAUGCAGAAUUUGGAAUUAAAAUGUAAGAGCUAGCCAAUUAUUGUUUAAUUAACUUAGUUCUUUGUAGAAUAAGCUAGAUUUUUUUUCUUUUUCUUUAUUUUUUCCUUUUGUUGUUGCUUAUCCUGUUAUGGAAAAUGUAAAAAGGAUAAGUUUGGUGUAAUUUGUAGCUUUAUGAGGGUGGAAUGGGAUAUGAUAUAUAUUAUUAGUAAAA